AUGCCGCAUCCCCCUCAGUUCACGACCUCGAUCAAGGGAACUACUACGCAAACGGGGGACGCCUUGCUUCACGAUAUGCCUGAGUCCAACUCUGUACCCGGAUACGGGAUAUACCGUAUUGCUCUUGUUGACCUAGUCAAUCCUGCAUGCGGGAAGCACGAGCUAUCGAGAAAGGAUGAUAACGCAUUAGCUGCAUCUGAGCUAUCGAGCCUCUCGGACAGCCCAGUGAAUAAGUGGAUCGUUUAUCCUGUAUCUGCUUCUGAACAAGGUAUCGGCGAUUUUAGAAUCUCGAGCAUUGAUGGCAAACAUGUUUUGUCAUGGAAGGAGGAAGAUCUUAGCCUGGUACCAUCGGGGUCUUCACGCACAACUUGGAACAUAGAAGCUGCAAAGGGAAAAAAUGGGGGCGAAAUUUGGCAUUAUUUGAAGUAA